AUGGAGCACCGGAGUGUCCGGCUGCGAGCCCCGGGCGAGCUGAGGUCGGCUCCUCCUCACCUCGGGGGAAAGAGACGGGCUGCGUGCUGGAAAAUAAUUUAUCCUUGUCGCACAGUAGCAGAGUGUCAGGCGAUGGGUGGAAUCGUGGGAUGGGAAGAUACAAGUGAGGCGCUAUGGGUAGUGACAGCUCGCGGUGUGUUUGAGAAGAGUUGUCGCGUGCCUCGCAUAUCGUGCGGACCCGAGUGGGAACAUGUCAUCAUGGGAUCUGAAGGGUGCUUCGGAGUCGUAACUGAGAAUGCUCUAUGA